AAGGGUCUGCAGUCUCACUCGCAACAUCUGGAGACUUCUAGAGUGAAAUAUUUCUUCUAGUUCCCUCCAUUACCACCCUGAAACCCCUCUAUAAACUUUCAUCACCUCGAAACCGCGGUUAAUUUUGCAGAUCAAUCAUUCAUUCUUUAAACCCCAUUCGAAUUCACGGGUUCGAGCUAUAAUAAUACAGUGAAAUUAGAUUCGCGGCUCUCUAAUUAUAAUUAGGGUUUUGAAGAAAUUGCGCUUUGAAGAAGAAAAAUUGGCCUCCGGUUUUGGCUCAUUCCUAAGAUUAGGAGGGGAAGAAGAUGAAGAUGGAGAGUAAUUGCCCGCUGAAGAUGAAAAGGAAGGACCUCGAACAAGUGUCCGACGAGUUCUCCGAUUUUUCCCUUUCUGCCCCCGCUAGAAAAAUCCGCCGUCUGGAUGCUGAGUUGCCUCCCAUAUUAGAAGAGGUCGAGGAUUACCAAGACGUUCCGAUAGCAGAAUUUGAGCCAUAUCCCAGUGGGCAGAGCUUCGGAAGCCAUGUAGGAAGGGGCGUAGAGAUUGAGGAAUUACCAAAUGAGCCCUUUGAUAAGGAGACUGCUAUUGUGCUUUUUAAGCCAAUUGAGACAGCUCUCUUUCAAUCUCCUCAGAAUUUCUCUGUUAAGGUGGAUCCUCAGUUCAUUUCUCGGUUGAAAAAUCAUGCACCAUGGAGAAGACAAUCUUAUUACUCACUGGCACAAGCUGAGGAUGAAGAAGCAAAAGAAAUGGGCAACUCUGAUGAGUGCUUAGCUGUAGUUCCAUGGGUGCCAUCUCAGUUAAACACAUCAGGAGGACCUCAUUGUGUUUCAUCCCAAACUGACAUUAGCGAAGACAUGAUGAUGGAUGCUGAAGACUUGAGGGAGCAACAAUGGAGGUUGAAGACAAUGACAUUGCUGCUGAGGGAAGGGGUAUCCAUGAUGCAUCUGCUUCAGUAAUGGCUGGGAAUGAAGGGUGGCAGCAGUGGCAACAACAACACUGCAUGGUCCCACAGCCUCUCCAGAACGUAUCCACUCCCAUAACCUGGUACCAAUGACAUAAAUGCUUGUUCCUACCAGGUGUCAUGUAAGGAUGAAUGGUUUAGGAAUGGAGGUGAAGUAGUAGUGUUCCGGAUUAAUUGAUAUAAGGGGAGAAUAGGUUGGUUGUAAGAUGACGAGUACAACCGCCACAGUAACUCUUCCAUGUGCAACAUGUGAAUGAAUCCAAGUGUUGUGCAAUGCCAUGGUGCUUUUGGCUCUCUUAGAGAUAAAACUAGCUCUGCAUUACAAGUUCUGAAAAUUUAUAGAUAAAACUAGCUCUGCAUUAAGUGGAUGGCAAAAGAUUUUUUUUUAAUUUGUAUAUCACUGUCUAGCAAACGGGUAAGAGUACUUUCUAAACUAUUCAAAAAUUCUCCAUGUUACUGUUUCCUCAUGAUUUUUG